AAGGCAUAACAAGUUAAAGCUAGCACUCACGGGUCUCUCUACUUGUUUUGUUUUUUUUUUCAAAACAAAACAAACACUCCGACACAAAUCAAAACCCGACAAAUCCACAUUUCAUGUGCUCUGCCCCUAACAAAAAGGUCCACAACCAAACCAACCAAUCUUGUCUUUUACCACCUCUAUAGCUGUAUACCUUUUUUACUUCGCUUUCCCAUAUCCUUUUUAACCUCUUAAGGUCUCUCAGAAACAGAGAGAAAGAGACACUUUCACAGAAAGAAAACCAUGGGCGUCUCUCUGUUCGUCGCCUUCACCCUUCUCUCACUCUGUUUGCACACUUCAACAUCCGAGCUUCUACGGUUUCAGCUCUCCACCAUAUCAGCUGCACCUUCGCUUUUGCCCGAAGCGCCUUCUAGUUUCUCAGCUUCACCUCCUCUGGAGGCUAUGUCUCCGGAUAUAUCUCCUCUGUUCCCUACUCCAGGUUCGAGCGAAAUGUCUCCUUCUCCGUCAGAAUCUUCUGAGAUGCCGACAAUCCCAUCAAGCCUUAGUCCACCAAACCCAGAUGCUGUGGCUCGUGAUCCCCUGCUAGACACUUCUCCGGUGGGGUCUCCUCUGCCUGCAUCUUCCUCUGUUUCUUUGGUCUGGUCACAACCCUCUCUGCUUCUUGUGUUCCCCAUACUGCUGCAGCUACUACCUUUCUGAAUAUUCUCUAGUUAAUCACUAAAAACAGAGGUUGACAAUGUAUUUUCCUUGUAGUUUGAUAUUAUAUACCUUUUUCUAUUAAUUGUUGGUAUGAAUGAAAAUUGCUCAUGAAGUACUCUCCUGCCAUUUGGCUGGCUAGUGCAGUUGUUACUACUUGUAACUUGUGUUAUGGGUUUUGUGCCUCAAAUUGAUUGAUCCAAAUUAUAAGUAA